AUGUGCAUCCGGCACCCAGGUUGGACCAAUGUAAUAUUGGUGGUUUCUUACGGCAUGUUUGGCAUCGUGUAUUUGACGGCCAAGCAGGGUUGGCACGCUGAAACAGCCUUGUAUGUGGUGGUGCAGAUUAUUACCACCAUCGGAUUUGGUGACAUCACGGUGACAAAAGAGGAAGAGGUCUUCAUGAUCGUUUUCGUGCUCCUGGGCACAGUGCUAGUUGCCAAGAUCGUAAACGAUGUGUCCGAAAUUUUUUUGGAACGAGCGAGUGAGCAGGUGGAUGACACGCUACAUCGAAUGGAAGACAUGCUUUUCACCCAUGGUCACAGACACCACAUUUGUCCAGCAAAGCUUCAUAAUUUGAUUUCGGCCGUAUUGAUCCUUGGCGCCUUUCUUCUUGUUUGGACGCUGUUCUUCGGCCUUUACGAGCACUGUACUUGCUCCUAUGGCUAUACAGCCGUGCAGGGCUGUGUGGAUGAGAGGUGCACGGAGACUGGGGGCACAACCAAAACACUCUUGGAUGCUUUGUAUAUGGCUGUGAUAACAUACGCCGGACACCAAUCUGGGUCGAUUGGCUCGGUAUUGAUGGUCUUGGGCGUCGUAGCUUUCUUCAAUGUGAUCUCUGCUGUUGCAGAAGUCAUUGCCGGCUAUCAGCGCUAUCACAAGAACAGGCUACGUUUGUCGCGUCUGGGGUUCAAGCACAUCGAUCGUGAUGGGACUGGACUGAUCAACCAAACGGAGUUUCAGGUGUACAUGCUUCUCCGGCAAGGGCGGGUGACACCCGCCCAGCUGCGACAUCUUGAUCGGCUCUUUGAUUGUAUGGAUCGCGACAAGACGGGGAGGUUGUCCUAUCAGGAAAUAAGGGACGGAUUAAUGGAUGUCGACUUGGAGUAG